AACACUUUGAAGAGGGGGUGUUUUUAAAAAAGAAAAGAAAAGAAAAACAAACAAACAAACAAACAAUUCCCCACCACUUAACACCACACCAACCGUUGCCGGUUGCCCUCAUUUCCCCUUUUCUCCAUUUUCCGAACAAUCUAAAUUUAACUCCACCCAUUUUUUCAUUCUUUCAUUCUUUCAUUCUUCAAACCCUACGAUCCCCGCCCUUUCAGGACACAUCUCCAUUUCAACUCCUUCCCUUUUCACCUUCAUUCCCCAUUUUCCUCUUCUUCUUCCCUUCCCCCCCCCCCCCCCCCCCCCCCCUCCCCAAAGGUUGAUGAUGGCUAUUUCCUCGAGAAGAACCCAGCCAUCUUGCGUGUACGUAGGGUUCAAUUGAUAGAGGGAAUUUCGUUGAAACAAGUAUCUGGUUUGGUAUAUUGACUGUGUUUCUAGCACAUACUUCGUCAUGGUUGCCACGGCAGCUACUUCUGCCUUUUUUCCUGCUAUUUCUCCAUCCUCGGAUUCUGGUGCUGGGUCAACUAAAUUCGGUAGUGGAUCUGUCAAUCCUGGAGGAAGCAGGCCAAAAUCUUCUUCUCGUGGUUUGCAAGUUAAGGCAAGUGCCCAAGCUCCUCCAAAGAUAAAUGGUACUUCUGUUGGAAUUGAGGGUGUCAAGUUUGACGAUGAUUUGACUACAUCACCUCCUCCGAGGACUUUCAUUAACCUACUACCUGACUGGAGUAUGCUUCUUGCUGCUAUCACCACCAUCUUUCUGGCUGCUGAGAAGCAAUGGAUGAUGCUCGACUGGAAGCCUAGGCGCCCUGACAUGCUUAUUGAUCCAUUUGGUUUGGGGAGAAUUGUUCAGGAUGGUCUUGUGUUUCGGCAGAAUUUUUCAAUUAGAUCAUAUGAAAUUGGUGCAGAUCGAACAGCGUCUAUAGAAACAUUAAUGAAUCAUUUACAGGAAACUGCACUUAAUCACGUAAAAACUGCUGGACUACUAGGUGAUGGAUUUGGUUCUACACCAGAAAUGUGUAAAAAAAACUUGAUAUGGGUAGUGGCGAAGAUGCAAGUUGUGGUAGAUAGAUACCCUACUUGGGGUGAUGUUGUUCAAGUAGACACUUGGGUCUGUGCAUCUGGGAAGAAUGGCAUGCGACGAGAUUGGCUUGUUCGUGAUUGCAAAACUGGUGAAACUCUCACUAGGGCCUCAAGUGUCUGGGUGAUGAUGAAUAAGCAGACAAGAAAAUUAUCAAAGAUUCCUGGUGAAGUUAGAGGUGAAAUAGAACCUUACUUUGCAGAUUCACCUCCCAUUGUAGAAGAAGAUGGUAGAAAACUCCCAAAACUUGACGAUGAUAGUGCUGAUUACAUUCGUACAGGUUUAACACCUAGAUGGAGUGAUUUAGAUAUCAACCAGCACGUUAACAACGUCAAGUACAUUGGCUGGAUACUUGAGAGUGCGCCAUUACCAAUCCUGGAGAGUCAUGAACUCUCUACUAUGACUUUAGAAUACAGGAGGGAAUGUGGAAGGGACAGUGUGCUUCAAUCUCUUACUGCUGUAUCUGGUGCUGGUAUCACCAAUUUAGCGGAUGCCGGCGACAUCGAGUGCCAGCACCUGCUUCGACUUGAUAACGGAGCCGAGAUUGUUAGAGGAAGAACUGAAUGGAGGCCCAAACAUGCAACAAACUUCGGAAUGCUGGAUCAGAUUCCAGCCGGAAAUACUUAAAAGGCAAAAUAAAAGAGGAAAGAAAAGAACAUCAAUUCAAGAAGCUAUCUCGUAGCUGGAGUCUCUAAUUGGCCCACCCUUGUGCAUUCAUUGCUUGUGUUAUAGAGUCCUGCUGCUGUUUCUUCUCCGAUUUGAAAAAAUCCCCAUAUAUUUAAUUAUAUGAUCUUUAUAUAUAUAUGUAUAUGUAUAUUUUUUUUUUCCAGUCCUUCCCUAAACCAUCUGUUUUCCUUGGGGAAAAAAAAAAAGAACAGAAAAACAUGCAGUUCCCAUUGUAAUUAGUCAAUUCUUUUAUUGUCCGCUCUCACCCAUUGUCUCAACGGGAAGGUAAAAAUAUAGAUAACACCUCUCUAAUGUUUCGGUCUUUAGGUUAAACGCUCUGGCUGACUGUUCCUGGGUUUUUCAUUAUUUGUCGAUUUCUUUCAUUCAAUUAGAGUUGAAAAUGUGUAAUAUUUUUUUCU